AUGCCAAUCAAUUUACAGCCGAGUAAUGAAUUUGUGAUACCUUCUGAGGACAUGGUAUUUGGGUUUGAAUUCAAAAAGCUCAGCUCAAAACGGCAUAGCAAUUCGAAGACAGAUAAAGGAAGUUCUGCAUUGCCGCAGUUAAAUCGGAAUCCGAAUCCAAAGGGUGCAGAUAAGUUGAGGUCAAAGAGUGGUGUUGGACCACAAUGCAGUGAUCUCAAACAAAAAGCAAAGCAGGAUGCUGAAGGAAACAUUCGGAACAGGGAAACUGCGAAGAGAAGUGGAAAUGAACAUGAUGAGCUUGUAAAACACAUGUCUAAUUUGCCAGGUUAUCUCCUGCAUAAUGAUAGAUUGGAAAAUGUUCAAGAGAAAGCAUUCAAUGUCGGUGUUCUAGAUUGGUCUCGACUCGAGAAAUGGAAGCACAAUCAUAUACCAGAAGAACUAACUAAUCAUUUCACAUCUGUCGAUAGAGGUGAAUCGUCCUCAAGAAUAGUCACUAUAUCGUCCCUCAGUGCUGGUAGAAGGGAAAAACUUGACAACACAAAAAGUUUGCGAGAUGUCAGACCGACCAACAAGGAAUCACUUCCUCAAAUUAGUAAACAUCCCUUUGAGAAUAUUGAACGAUUUGAAUUUUCUAGAAGUGGAACCAAGAGCAUAGGAAAUGAGCAGAGGAGGAAUGGCAGUACUAAAAGAACUUUAGAUGCUGGAAACUCUGCAUUGAAAUCAAGGCACCACAGGGUCUCAUCUUCUAUUCCUUAUGAAAAUGUAAAUGGAAAGGAUAAGGAUGAUGACUACUACCACAAGAAAAAAGAGAGAAAUCGCAAGUCCAGCUGUGAUAUGAUACAGCCUUCAGUAAAAUCAAAAGGCAAAGGGGAAUCAUUCAGUUCUAAAAACACGAGUUCUGACAACAAUGAAUCCAGGAUAAAGGCGAAUCGGUUGCUGGAGUCAGGUUCCGACAAUAGUUGUAAAAAUGACCAUAGCAAGCCAAGUAAUAUUGUGCUGCUCUAUCCUCAUGAAACUCCCGACUCAAGUUCUUCAGAUGAUUUCCGGCUUUCAGAAUUCAGAACAUCAUCAGAUGAAAAUUGUCCAGAAUCAAGCCGAAGUAGUUUAUCAUAUGUUUCCGUUCCUGAGGAGGAUAACAUUGGGAAUGUAGGUCCUGAAAUCCGGCUUUCAAGUGGACACCGUUCAGUGAUUGAGGAUACAUCUCUUUCUGGAUCAAUGCAACACAGCGUUAGUACUGAUCCCGGGAUGAAUCGUUCAUCUGCGGUUUCAGAGAAAAUGCCUGGUAUGCAAUCUGAAGCUGUUUGCUUUGAAAAGGAUGUGUUAGAAAAUAGGCUGAGCAUUCAGUCUGCUUUCAGUAAUCUGAUCGAAUCAUUGGACCAAGAAACUGCUGAGCUGACUUCUCAGAAGAGUAUGAAUCCAUCAUCCCACAACCGUCGAUUUAGUUUCAGCUUAAGUCGAAUUGGCAGAAGUUUCAGUUUCAAGGAAGGCCCUGCGGUUUCACAAUUUGGUUCUAAGUAUGUUUGUUCAAAGUCUGGUCCAGUGACUCCUGAAUCUUCUAUUCGCUGGGAUAAUUCAAGCAAAGAAAAGAUGAAUAGUCAAAACAGAACAAGAUCAAGUCCUCUUAGGAGGUUAUUAGACCCUAUAUUGAAGCAUAAGGCAGCAUCAGAUACACACCAUUCAGGUGAAAGCAGUCAGAAACAAAAGGGAAGAAUGAAUUCAGUCAGUUUCAGGAGUAUUGGUCUUAAAAAAUCACUUCAGGAUGAAAAGAGCAAGGUAUCAUCAAUCCAAGGUCUCUUGCAGCUUACAAUAACAAAUGGAAUGCCCCUGUUUAAGUUUGUGCUCAAUGACGAAAGAAAGAUUUAUGCUGCUACAAAGAAUAAUUUAGCAUCGCAGGAGAAAAAUGAUUUAGGCUGCUGUUUUACAUUCUACAUGGUGAAUGAAAUUAAGAAAAAGAGUGGUGGAUGGAUGAGUCAUGGAAAUAAAGAAAAAAGUUGUGGCUAUGCAUACAAUCUCGUAGCUCAGAUGAAAUCUUCUACCUCCAAAAUCACUGAAGCAAUCAAUCAGAACUCCAAGAGACAGUGCAUGGUUAAAGAAUAUGUCCUAUUGGGUGUUGAUGUCAAUCAGACGGAUCAAGGACCUCCAAAGUUCAUACCAAGCAUGGAGCUUGCUGCUGUUGUUAUUGAGACAUUGUGUGCAAAGUUGAGCAACGAACGGAUUCAUAGUGAUUAUAAUUUGCAUGAGAAGAAGUGCUUGGCAGAUGGAAUAUGCUUGUGCAGGUCAGGAGAAAACGAUAUCUCAGUUAGCUCUACAGUUAUACUUCCAGGUGGUGUACAUGGUUCUCCAAACAAAGGUGAACCUUCAUCGUUGAUCCAUCGAUGGAAAACUGGGGGAUCGUGUGAUUGUGGAGGUUGGGACAUGGGUUGCAAACUCCUUGUGCUCCACGAACAGAGCCCAAGUUCAAACAUCCAGAGGAGUUAUAAACCUUACCAGGAUCGUUUCCAGCUUUUUGUUCAGGAAGGAGCUGAGCAAGAAACGCCAAUUUUCACUUUGGUGCCAUUGAAGAAUGGAUUCUACUCUAUUGAAUUCAGUUCAACAAUCAGUCAUUUACAGGCAUUCUUCAUUUCCGUUGUUUUAUUAAGCAGCCGGAAACAACCGGGUUCCUUGGAAAUCGGUAGCAUGAGAGAAGAGAUCCUCAAGGAAUCAAGUUCCAAUAAUAACAGUAGCACACAUCAGGGGAAAAUACCUAUGAAGUAUACUCCAAUUCCACCUCUUUCCCCUGUUGGCAGAGUUUAA